AUGGCAACGGCCCGCAAGGAUAGCGGUGUGAUCGUACGGAAGACGCAGAAAGAUGAUCUGCCGGAAGUGAUCGCUAUGAUACAGGAGUUGGCAGACUUCGAGAAGAUGUCGGACGGACCCCAGCUUUCCGUGGACGACUUGAUACGGGACGGUGGAUUUGAGGAGCAAGGAACGGCGGACGGUGCACCAGUGUUUCAUAGUUUUGUGCUGGAAGCUCCUGCCGACCCGGAAUGCCUAGCUAAUCAGGAACGGUUAACGUCAUUGCAAUCGGUCGAUCCGGCAAACGCAAGACCUCUAACCCGGAAAUUGAUUGGAUACGCUAUCUGCUACUACUCUUACUCAACAUGGCGAGGAAAAUCGCUCGCACUGGAAGAUAUUUACAUCCGUCCGACCUACCGUGGUAAUGGUUAUGGAGAGUUGUUCCUUCGUGCCUUAGCAAAACACGCUCAGGAUAAACGGUGCGCGAGAAUCGAUUUCCAUGUGCUGAACUGGAAUCCUGCCACAAAGUUUUAUCGCCGAAUGGGUGCCAUGGAUUUAACGGAAACUGAAUGCUGGCACUUUUAUCGACUUCAAACGGACGCGAUUGAACAGCUCGCACGUAACAACUUGAAGUGA